CGUUGACGGUGCGGAUGUUGGAUGUGGCAUUCAUUGCUCGUGUUACGGACAGAUUUGUGAUAAUACAGUGUGUGUAAAGUGAAGUGACGUUCUUAGUAAAUCGUCUACGAAUCGUGUACACAUCGCCAUCAGUAACCUAGUUGUUAAUACGGAGCUAGCUGUCUGUAUAUAACAGGCAUCCGGUGGGUGAGAGACACAGGGGGAUCCUAGAGCGCUCCCUUUAUACAGCUUCAAAGGCUGAGUCGAUUCGAAGAAAGGGAGAUGAGUACGGACUUGUCUCCUUUGUCUGCCGACAACAUCCCGCCGUCUCCGACGCUGGCCGCAGGCGAGGACACAGUCUGCGACUUGGGCAGCGUGAGGUUCGGAACCGACAAAGUCGUCUGCAGCUGGACCAUCUUGGACUACAACAAUUGGCCUCAAGGGGUGGACGAAGUGAAGUCACCCAAGUUCUGGCACUGCAGUUCCAGCGAGUGGUGUAUGGUGCUGUCGAAAGAGAGAGGCGCCUGGUAUCUCUGCUUCCAGCUGCUGUCUUCUCAGAAAGACGCUACCGUGCGAGCGAGGCUAAAAGCGUCGCUAGUUUCGAGCAGGGGUAAAAAGUACGAGGUUUACCCGUCGGAAUUCGUCUGUCUCGAUGCCCCGAAGAAGACAGUGUGGAGGUGCGUGAGUGGUUGCUUCGAAGCGGAGAACGGCUUCAAUAACGUGCUGAAGUUCCUGGGAGAGGUGAGCACGCCUUGCGUGAUAACAGAGCCGUACCGCAGCGUUGCCCUGCAGAGGCCUCGGCGCAGCGUCACAGACGACCUGGCAGCGCUGCUGGAGUCGGGCCAGCUGUCUGACGUGAAGCUGUGGGCGGGUGACGCCGAGUUCCAAGCGCACAGGGCCGUGCUGUGCGCCCGCAGCCCCGUCUUCUCCGCCAUGCUGCGGCAUGACACCCAGGAGGCCCGCACGGGCAGCGUCCACGUCAAGGAUAUCGAGGCGGACGUCCUGAGCGAGGUCCUGCGGUUCAUCUACACCGACAGCACCCCUCUCCUGGAGAAGAUGGCUGACAGGCUGCUGGUGGCGGCUGAUAAAUACGAUUUGCCCCAACUGAAGGAACUCUGCGAGGUGGAGUUGGCCAAGAACCUCACCGUGGACAACGCUGCCGCUACCGCUGUCAUCGCCUUGAGCCACUCUUGCGACGUCCUCAAGCGGUCGGUCAUAAGCUUCGUGAAGCGCCACCUCGUACCCAUCAUGGGCAGCGAAGGCUGGGCGACAGCUGUUAGCAAUCACGCCGAAAUCGUCGUCGAGAUGAGUCGUUUGGUAGCAGAAGAGCCUGUUGGUUAAAAGGCUGUUACAGUUCAAUUCGCCAUUACAGAUCACUCUAUUUCUUGAAAAUUGUGCUGUUGAUCCUUCAGUCGUUUCCAGCGUGCAACGUCGUACCUCUAAACAGUGUUGCUAGCUCAUUUAACCAUAGAUCUAAAUUUGAUCGCAACUAACAGGAAGCUCCAUAUGUAUGUAUGCAAGUAUCAGAUUGUCAUUGAAGUCAUCUAAGUAUAGUAUAUGCUCCGUGCUCUUUUUUUUUACUGAUAGCUGCAAAAAGCAGGCAUUUCAAGGAGGUCUUCUUUGGGCUUUUGAGUAGCCGCCUGCAGGUAAGCGCUAGGUACAACAAAACAUCUAAAGUUGUGGGAUUUAAAACAAAAGAACAUGGUCCUUGUAAGACAUCUGUAAUAUUGUACCCAUAAAAACUACUUAUUUUUAAGUAGCACAUUUUCUAUUCACAACUUUAAACUGUGCGUGAGAUUAGCGAUAAGCUCGAGCAUUGUGUAGUUGAGAAAGAAGUUUCAAUUACAGUUCUUCUGAAAUAAAUAUGCAGUUUUGUAGUGAGCGUUUGGCAUCGUAACUGAGCCCAGCAGUUCCUGGCCAGCUUAGAUAGUUAAAUACGACAGAUUAACGAGUUCCUUGCCACCGUCUGGGUAAACAUUAAUACUGAACCACAGCGCCUCUCCCACCAAUUUGGAGCGGCUUCAAUUUGUUUAUUGUCCCUUUAAGCUUCUGGGGCGGCACUUUCGAAGCGGGUAAUCGACGAGAAUUUUUUUUGCCAUUUUUAUGGAGCAAAGAUUUCUCCAGUUAUAUUGUAAUCUGCUUAUUUUUACUUUAUUCAUCAACCAAUAGAUUCCCCAAAACACUUGUAGCUCUUGUAUAUUUCAUUUCUACUUAGAACAAAGUGAAUUUUCCUUUGUUUACGUGGCACUGAAAGUAGUCGGAUGUACAAUAAGUUCAUCUUUAUUUUGCAACAGAAUACAGUGUAUUGCUAAUGUGGCAUUGCUGGUUUAACCCCAAGCUGAAAGAAACAUAAGCACUUAUGGUCUGAUUAAAUUUGAGACCAGCCACAUAGAAUUUGGCCUUAUGAGUGGUUUACUCCUUGUGCUUUUCACUAUGCGCCUGUGGGUCAGCGCUUGGUGUGACAGAAUCACCCCACUCUGUAGGAUUUAAACAAAAUGGUCCUCGCAAGACGUAUGUAAUAUUAUACACUUCAGAACAAGUUUUAUUUAAGUAAAGCAGUGCCUGUUCACGUUUGUAGGAGGUGCUUGAGAUUGACGAUAUUUUGGGCAUUUAAUGCAGAGAAGGAGCUUUUGAUGAAAGUAUGCGGUAAUACUCUCUAGUGAGGGUUUUCUAACCAAGCGUGACCAAAAGCAGAUUCUGGCCUGCAAAUUUUGGCGAAACAACCUUCGCCUACAGUCAUUAACGUAUGAAAUUGGAAUAUAUAACAAACAAUGGAAAAUCCAGGAUGGAAUGUAACAAUUGUUGAAUAUAUAACAAAAUUAAUUUUGAAUUGAUUGUUUGAGUUAUUAGUGGAAACGUUACUCACCUACAGAGCAGUAUCCUUCAAAGCGUCGUCUCUGAAUAUCUACCCAAAAACACUAGCAGUUCCUGUAUAGUUUGUUUCUAGCGCUACUUUCCUUUAUUUACACAGUGCUGUAGGCAACCCAGCCUCAAGUAACACUUCGUGUUGCAACAGUAGAUCGAUGUUAAUCUGAGGUUGGUUGCCAGUAAGAGGAAAGAAGGCGUUUUCCUCUUUCCAGUAAAUGCCAGCUGAAUAAUUUCUAUAAGAUUCCUUAUUAAUUUAUAUCCUCAUUGUUAUGCAUUCUUUUGAAGUUUGCCACUUACAUCUACUUACAUGCAAAGAAACGUCUUCUCUAGCAUACAGGAUUCCCCACUUUCAUUGAUCUUGAAAUCAGACAUUUAGAUUCACAGUUAUAAUUUAAUAUUUUAAUUAGGUAGUUGGUUACAUAGAUUAUUAAAUAACCAGUGUUAAUGAUGGUUGGUUGAGGGCUGAAUUACUUCAAGGACUACAGCAAGUAGCCUCUUAUUUAUAUUUAGUUUUAUGCAAAGAUAGGUUUCAGAUUUUUAGCUAUCUUUAAGUUGCGUAAUACAUUUAGAUCUUCAUCAGCCACAUGCCGAAUGCUGUGUUGUGUCAUUGCAUCAGUGGAGCCACUUCUUACACAGCAAAAGAAAAUGCAUCUGCCUAGUAAGUAAACACAAAUAGACAAUUAGUAAAACCUGGAACCUGGACAAAUUGCUGUUUUGCACAAGGCAGCCUGCAGAAUUCAAAAUGUAGUCAAGAAAAACUUUAUAGUGGUGAAAUCCUAAAUGUAUUAUGUGAUUUGCAGAUGAAUAAAAGUCCGAAAUGCUUACAUCAAAUAAAGCAGUACCAAAAAUGACUAAAUGCAACAUUUCUUCAAGUAACAAUUGUUCAUCGCAUCUCUCAUUGGUUUGUAAUUCACCAGUAGUAGGUUAUUGCUCCAUUUUGUAGCACCACUUGUUGUCUUCUGUCUGAAGAUUGGUCUGCUGAAGCUGUCCACACUAUUCUAUGCUGUGAAAACCUGUUUCUCGACAUAACUACUGCAGCCUUGAUUCAUCAAGAUAUGUCAUAUCAACCGAUCGCUUCCUUUAGUCCAAUUUUUCUAUUAACUAUCUUCUCCUUCUAGGCAGCAACGUUUACACCAUUCCUUUGUGUGACUCAUCAACCUCUUACUAACGUUUUCCUUACAUGUAGUACUUACCGCCAUAGACAUCUUUCUAACAUUUUUGUCAGACACGGCUCCUACCGUCGUCGAAGUACUCACUCCUUCCUUCGACACAUGUUGACCUCGUUUCACGGUUCCGUCCGGUAAAGGAUAAACAUUUCGCUGUCUCUCUAUCUCGCUAGCACCCGCGGUACUCUUCACGUUUCUACUAGCGCUUCGUAACGCUCUCUUAACGACAACUACUCGACGCGACUCUUGCGCCGUUCGCAACUUAAAUCGUUUUCCACAAAUCAUAACAUCUCUUGUACCAUAAUCUAUAGCUGCCUUAUGCUUUGCAAGAAAAUCUCUGCAUAAACGUCCGUCUAAUGGCAGAUCCUCUUCUGCCCCUACUACAUGGAAUUGGUGUCUCACAAUUCCAUCUUUUUCAAAUGGUUCAAAUGGCUCUGAGCACUAUGGGACUUAACAUCUGAGGUCAUCAGUCCCCUAGAACUUAGAACAACUUAAACCUAACUAACCUGAGGCCAUCACACACAGCCAGGCCCGAGGCAGGAUUCGAACCUGCGACUUUAGCGGUCCAUUUUUUCAACCUAAGGCGCCUUCCAUUUUAACAACAUCAUUACUAAUAUCUUUAAUUCUAAUGCUCUUAGUAGGAUCGCACGUUUCUGAUACCCAUACACUGUUCUUUUUCAAUAGACUUAUUUGUGCCCCACUAUCUAUCAAAAGUCUCAUUGGAUUCCGUGUGCCCUUUUCAUAACUUACCGUGAUAUACUCAUGUCUGUUAGAGCAGUCUACCUUAAAUAUCUUGCCAGAUAGGUCGCAAUGUGACUGCCUCAUUGCGCCUCCUCUUAGUUUCCCUGUACCACAUAUUUAUUUCGUCUUAAGGGCCAAUUCUUACAGCAUCGAGCGUAAUGACGUUUUUGAUUACACUUAAAACUCACAAUAUUUGUCCAUUGGGUCGUAAUGUUCCCCAUAAACCUUACCUUCUUUCUGCUUUUCUGCAAAACGUUCUUUAUCACCCUUCUUUUUGCCGUUUGAUCUGUACUGGUACCGUGCCUAUACUGUGUACCCUCUUAUUAUCAUAGCACUUCUUUGCUAUGUGCCUCAGUUUGCCACAAUUAAAAUACUUUUGAAUUUUAUGAGAUUAUAUUUUGUGAGCUGUCCUUUCUAUUGGUUUCUCUCCUGCAGACGCCAUCACACUUUCUUCUGUUGAUGCAAUAUCUACUGCUUCGGAGAGUGUUAUUGACUCCCCUCUAGCCCUAACUAUUGUCUUAAUAUUGGUGUCAUAUAAGCCUUGUAUGAAUACUGCACGACCUAAUUUGAACACUAACGUAAUGCUGCUCACUAACUCUGAUUCCGUCAUCACCUCUUUUAUUGCCUCACGGAACUGGAGCUGAAGUGCAUCUGUUUGCGAACCCCAUUGGGCUAUGUUUUAACAUGGUUCCUGUCUGCUCAUGAACAUUUUACAUGCUUAAUAGUCUAGCGUUCUCUUUGAUGCGUGAUUUUCUACUAAAAUAGCUCUGACUGAAGGCCAAGCGGCACUUAGAGCUCGCACUAGCAAUUUGCUUCUAGCAGCCCCAACUACAUGUACCUUCACAAAUUUCAACAAAACAUCGUGCUGCUCUGGUGCUACCAAGUCGAAAGCACUGUCGCAGUGGUCCAAAAAUUCAUUCCCAUCAAAAGGAUGCGAUAGCAAUUUAAUAGCCUCACUGAGGUUAAUAUAUUGCUUUGGAGGUGUGGAUGGAUCUGCCUGACUAUCAGAAACAUUUUGUUCAUUAGACAUGAUGUUAUUGUUAAACCUUUGUCUCACAUUCUACUUUAAAUUUUCUUCUGUUGCUGUGCGUCGCCGGGUGCGGCGGACCCGCAAGUCUGUCUUCUUGGCGAUAUAGCUGCUACUGGUGGACUACCUUGUCCACCUGAUGGCCUCGGAUGUCGUCUUCUGCUGUGGGUGGUGUGGAUGGAAUGGCGUGCCCUCACGCCCGUAGUCAACCCGCGAUGUAGUGGCCUGGUCGAAUUCGCUCGAUUGGCGGGCCUCCUUCGCCCAUCCCGUCUUCUUCUGCGUGCCUUGCCUCCGAACAUCUCCAAGCCAUCAGUCAAUCUCAACUUCGGGCUGAGCUUUAUCUGAAAUAAGAAGCUUCACAACUAUUCCUCAAGUUUAUAGGCCGAACUAAAUUGUUGGCAAACCUACUCCAAAUCCUGUUCAAACUUGGCAAAUAAUGCCCAAACCCCACACCUGGCGCCAAAUUUUUAUAUCGUGUCUGUUUUGUUUCCUGCGAGUGGAUCAGGAAGAGGGAGCUGGACACUAACCUGGCUGAGGUGGAGUGGGCUCGCCCAACUCGUAGUUCUGGAUCAGAAUCUGUAAAGCUGGAAUAACUUCAAACUAGGGAACUCAGUGUGAUUGUAAAUAAGCUUCUAACAAAGAAGAGAGAGAGAGUUGGAGUAAACAUUACUCAAGCUUAUGAGGCACUGUCAUCCGAACUAAAACGUGGGAGGUGUUAGUAACUUGUAACUACCACUCUGUGCAACCAAGUGCCAGGAGAAUCAAAGUCCCGCCCCCUGAGGCAGAGUAGCUCAGUGAUGACGUCGGAGGCUGAAUACUAGCAUCGCAAUCCCUGACAUGCUGUUAAGCUGCUGUUUAUAUAGUCUCCUGUGCCGUUGCUAUAAUGCUUGGGGAAACUACCAUCGCUCUGGCUGUCUUCCGAUCCUCAGAUUUAUCACGUAGCUGCUCUGAGUGGAGGUUUCCUAUUAUCACGCGCUGCACCGCGCUGACUCCUUCCAUUGUGUACUAACUUUGUGUAGAGGCUUUCCAUCUGUUGAAACACAUUAAUUCGUAUAACAGUGGACCGUAACGUCACAGACAGCUUAACCUACGCCUAUUCGUAAUUUAUUCUGGACGUCACAUCCUUCUUACUAUAUUAAUCACUUGGUCUCCUUGUACAAUUUUUACCCCUGACACUUCCCUCCGAUACUAAAUUGGUGAUCACUUGAUGUCUCAAAAUGUGUCCUAUCGACCAAUCCCUUCUUCUGGUCAAGUGUCUGAACCGAUAGCUGAGAGGUCAGCGUGAUGGGUUGCUGUCCUAUGGGCCCGGGUUCGAUUUCCGGCCGGGUCGGAGAUUUUCUCCGCUCAGGGACUGGAUAUUGCGUGGUCUUCAUCAUCAUUUCAUCCCCAUCCAGCCCGCAGGUCGCUCAAUGUGGCACCGAAUGUAAUAAGACCUGCACCAAGGCACCCGGACCUGCACCGCAUGGAGCCUCCCGGCCAGUGACGCCAAAAGCUCAUUUCCAUUUUUUCUGGUCAAUUUGUGCCACAAAUUUCUAUUCUCCUCAAUUCUAUUUAGUGCUUUCUUAUUACUUACGUGAUCUACCCAUCUAAUCUACAGAACUCUUCUGUAGCACCAGAUUUCAAAAGCAUCUAUUCUCUGCAUGUCUAUACUAUUUAUUAAAGACAAAUACAUUCAGAAAACACUUCCUAACAUUCAAGUAUACAUUUCAAGUUAACAAACUUUUCUUCUUCUGAAACGCUUUCCUUCCAAUUGUGUCUACAUCUUAUACCCUAUCUACUUCGGUCGUCGUCAGGUAUUGCUGCCCAAAUAGCAAAAUCCCUCUACUACCUCCAGUGUCUCUUUUCCAGAUCUGAUUUCCUCAGCAUUACCUGAUUUAAUUCAGGUACAUUCCUUUAUCCUUGUUUUCUCUUGUUGAUGUUCCUCUUAUGCCCUGCUUUCAAGACACUGCCCAUUCCUUUCAACUGCUCAUCCAAGUCCUUUGCUGUCUCUGACAGAAUUGUAAUGUCAUUGGCAAACCUCAAGGAUUUUAUUUCUCCUCGUUGAACUUUAAAUCCUAAACUUUAAUUCCUACUCAUAAUUUUGUUUUGUUUCCUUCACUGCUUGCUCACUGUACAGAUCGAAUCACAUCUGGGAUAAGCUAUGAGCCUGUCUCACUUCAUUGUUAACCACUGCCUCCAUUUCAUGCCCCUCGACUCGUAUAGCACCGCCUGGUAUCUGUACAAGUUGUAAAUAGCCAUUCGCUCCCUGUAUUUUACCAGUGCUACUUUCAGAUUUUCAAAGAAAGUAUUCCAGUGAACAUUUUCAAAAGCUUUUGUUAGGUCUACAAAUGUUAUAAACGUAGGUUUGCCUUUCAUUGAUAGGUCUUCUAAGAUAAGUCGCAGGGUCAGUACCGCAUCACGUCUUCUACAUUUCUCCGAAAUCUAGACUGAUCUUCCUUGACAUCAGCUUCCCGGCUUUUCAAUUCUUUUGUAAGGAACAUGUGUUAGUAUUUUGCAAUUACAUUUUCUUGAAGUCUGAGGAGUUUCGCCUGUCUUAUACAUCUUGGACACCUGAUGGAGACGUUUUGUCGUAGCUGGUUCUCCAAAGGCUAUCGGUAGUUCUGACGGAAUGUCGUCUACUCCUGGUGUCUUGUUUUUACUUAGGUCUUUCAGUGCUCUAUCAAAUUCUUCUCGCAGUGUCAUACCUCUUAUCUCAUCUUCAUAUACGUCGUCUUCCAUUUCUACAAUACUGCCUUAAUUUCCUCUCCAUUGUAGGCACCCUCUAUAUACUCCUUCCACCUUUCAGCUUUCCCUUCUUCGCUUGGGACUGGUUUUCCAUCUGAGGUGUUGAUAUUCAUACAGCUGCUUCUCUUUUUUCCAAAGGUCUCUUUGGUUGUCCUUUCAUGAUUAAAUUCAGUAUCUCCUGCGUUAUCCAACGAUUUCAACGAGGCCUCGUCUUUUUAACUAUUUGAUUCCCAGCUGCCUUCAAUAUUUCAUUCUUGAAGCUAACCAUUCGUCUUCUACUAUAUUCCUUUCCUUGGGUCUUGUCAAAUAUUGCCUAAUGCUCCCUCUGAAAUUUUAAGCAUCCUCUGAGUCUGUCAGUUUCUCCUUAUGCCGUCUCCUAAAUUUCCUACUCUUUUUUGGGCAAUUUCUUCAGUUUUAAUCUAUAGCUCGUAGCCUAUGUUUUGUGGGUGGAGUCCACAUCUGCCUCUGGAGAUGUCUUUCAGUUUAAAAUUUGCUUCCAAAAUCUCUGUCUUACCGUUAUACAAUCAAUCUGAAACCUUCCAUUGUCUCCAGAUCUCUUCCAGGUACACAACAUGCUUCCUCGAUUCUUAAACCACGUGUUAGCUUUGAAUAAAUUAUGCUCUCUGCAAAAUACUACCAGCAGGCUUUCACUUUCAUUCCUUUCCUCCAGUCAAUAUUGAUCUGUGUAUUUCAGUCAAUAUGGAGAUAAUAGCACUCAGUUCUAUAAUCUACCUGUUUUGUAACAUUACGCCUUCAAGCUGACGUUUAGCAAACCAGUUACUAAUGUCCUGUCAGCCCAGCUCUGAUAACCGCAUCUUCUGCAGUCGCUCACAACAUCAUUUCACCAAACUCAGUGAUCACACUGUACUUCUUUUCUUGAGACAACAAUCAUUUAUUGGGUGUUGUAAUAGCCCUAUAUCUAUCUGGACUAUGGUAAUAGUCUAUUUGUGAAUUUAUUAUUACUCAUGUGAAAAUUCUACACUGUUAGUACAGUGAUCUGACUUUCAUAAAUCUAAUGGUUUAUUGUUUUGUUUUAAAGGAUGGCUAUUCUAAAUUUGUAAUUAAAUAUCACUUCUGCUGAUUUACUGCAGACUGGUAUAAAAGUUAUCUGCCCACAUAUCGACACUUUGCCUAACACGCUUCCCAACAGUUUCAGUGUAAGAUAAUUGUAGCAUAUUUGUUGUUGUGGUCUUCAGUCCAAAGACUGGUUUGAGGCAGCUGCCCACGCUAGUUAUCUCCGAGUAUCACAACCAACAUCCAUUUGAACCUGUUUACUAUCUUCAUCCCUUGGUUUCCCUCCAUCCUCUGCCCCUCACUCCACACUUUUCACCAGUACCAAAUUGACAAUUCCUUGGUGUCUCAAAAUGUGUCCUACAACUCGAUGUCUUUUCUACUCAAAAUGUUCCAUGUAUUACUUGUCUCCCCAGUUUGAUUCAUUAUCUCCUGAAUAGUUAUGUGAUCUACCUAUCUGCAAUGGUGUGACAUAGUUAAGGUCGAAAGUGGCUUUCACAUGACGUGUCACUGCCAAGUUGAGUGUUUAGAGUCAUAACAACGUAUCUACAAAAUGUAUGUUUUGAGAUGAAGGCAAAAGAAAUUUUGCAGCAGUACAAACACAAUCGUCACCACCACCAAAUUCACGGUUCUUAGACUUCAUUUGCAUUCCUUAUCAAUUUCCCACCUUUAUCAUUAAGAAAGUUGUGAAGGAGAUACGUCGAAGUGCCCAGUUUUGUAGUUUUGAUGUUGUGACCCUAAACCCUCUUAGUAACAUUGUUCAUCGAAACUUGGACCAUACACAGAAAGAACUGCGAAAGUGUAGUAAAGAAGGAAACUGCAGGAAAUGCACCUCAAUAUGAAGAAAAAUGACACUUUUAUCAACAGACAAUAAUAACACUCAAGUCACCACGAUUCAUCAUAGUCCUCUGGACAUUACAAAAGAAGAUAGGGUUUGUAAUAGGGUAUGUGAUCACUUAGGAGAGUAACGCAUACUCUGCAAUUGCUCCCAUGCUGGCCACAAGAUUGGUAAGGAGUUCUUGUGGUAAGGCAUCCCAUUCAUCCACUAGUGUGGAUGCCAGCUGCUGGAUGAUCAUUGGAGCACAUGGACGUGUUGCAAUGCUUCCCCUUUUUCGGAAAUGCUUUCCUUUCUGUAGCCAGCGUGCAUUUUAAAUCCUCUCCACCUUUGCCAUAAUUGGUUAUUUUACUGCUAAAAUAGCAAAAUUCAUAUACUAUUUUUAGUGUCAUAUUUUCUAAUAUAAUUUCCUCAACAUCGCCUGAUUUGACGUCAGUACGUACCACUACCCCUGUUUUACUUUUGUUGAUGCUCAUCUGUUUUCAACACACCAUCUGUUGCCUUCAGCUUCUCUUUUGAGUCCUUUGCUGUCUCUGAUAUAAAUACAAUGUCUCUGAACUUUAAUUCAUCCUCCAAAUUUUUCUGUGUUUCCCUUUACUACUGCUCAUUGCAUGGAUUGAAUAAUAUGGGCAUAGCUACAGCCUUACAUCAUUCUCUUCUCAAGGACUGUUACUUUUUCCUGUCCUUUGAGUCUUGUAACCAAUGUUUGGGUUCUAUACAAGCUGUGGUUAACCUCUCGUUCCCUGUAUUUUAUCCCCGCACCUUCAGAAUCUCAAGAGUGUACUCCAGUCAGCCUUGUCAAAACUUUCUCUAAAUCAACAAAUGCCGUAAACGUAGGUUUUAUGCUCCAGAGAAUAGUCAUGCUCACAUAAAAACACUUUCAUUCAUAAGCAGUGACGGAUUUCUAAGGGAUAUGGGUCAUCUGCUGCUCAUACUUUGUAAUUUAAAAUACAACGGAGUAGAGGGAACCAUGUAACGUAGUAAAAAUAGUUAUACAUAAAUUAUAGAAUGUUAUACCCAGUGAUGAAGUGUGGAGAUAGUGGCACAGACCAGGAACUAUGGAAUUCACCCAGUGAUGUCGACUGCCGAUUAUGUGGCGGUGUCAUGGAGUUCAGUUGUAGAAGCCCCGCCCCUAGUCUCUCGCCAAUAUGAUGCAUCAUAUGCAAUACAUGUCAAACAGCUUGAGUAUAGACCUUACUACUAUGCUGGAUAGUAUCGUUAAGUUAUAUCUGAGUAACAGUUUAUAUGUUAUAGUUAAAAUUUUGAUCUGCCAAUGGCAACACGUUACUAGACUGUCCUCUGUGGGACUUAGUGUUCACUAAAGACUGCGUGUAGGAUGCCUCUGGUUAUCUAGUGACGUGGACGUCUUAUCGAUAGUGAUCAAAGACGCUACGCCGCGACCAAACUGUAUUCGGUUUGGCUGCUUAUAAUCUUCAUGUAUGAGUUGGUUGAACACCUCCUUCAGUGCCGACCACCAACAUUUUGUGCAGAGCCGUGUACUGCAAGGAACCCAUAUAACCAUUGACCAACAUCGCCAGUAGCACAGCCACCCUAAUAAUACGUAAUGUAUGCUGUCUAAUCACCUUCAGUUUAAUUACAAAUAACUGUUUGUUAAAUUUUUCUUUAUUGGACCUAAAAUAUAUAGGAAUAAGCUUAAUAGAAAAUAAGAAUUUAUAUGUUAGACAUGUUAAAAUUUUACGUCAUAUAAUUGGAAAAAGUGUAACCGACAAGCAACAUUAUUGGCCUGCAUUCCGCCGGACUUUGUAGACACAGAAGAUAGGCUGUAGGACACACUGGUUACCUCAUCAAAAAUCCCGCCGAAUACAGUCCACUGAUCUGUUACUAAAUGCUCUCGGCUGGUACACUACAUUUUUCCCGGUAUAUUGUGUAAAAUUUUAAUUAUAUAACAUAUACAUUCUUAUUUUAUAAUAAGCUUAUUCUUAUAUAUUUUAGCUCCAAUGCAGAAAAUUUCUACAAAAAGUUAUUUGUACUUAAAUUCAAGACUUAUGAAUGGAAGUUGUGCUAUCGAUCACGACUAUUCCAUAUAAUAUUCUGUUACUAGUUCAUUGCGGUUGCUGUUGUUCCUAAUAUUUUUACAAAGAUAUAAAUAUAUUAACCAAUAUUCUAAGGUACAUCGUAGCAUCAAUGUUGCUUCGCAUGUUCGUACAUUUACUCAGAACACAAACUGAUCUCCCCCGAGGUCAGCGUUUGUGAAAUGACAAGAAAUAAAUGAAACACCAGUAAAGGACAUCUGACGCUCUUACUACUUAUCCUUGUAAUCUAUCAGGUCCGUAAACAGCUUCUUUCAUUAGUACAUAAGAACUAUACUUUUUCUUAUUCGGGAGUCAGCAAAACACCCUGACGAAAACCACUUGUAACAGUGGCUGAAACUUCAUAGAACUGCACAUAGUGACAAUGCGGUCACAUAUUAUUUAGCAACCAUGACUUAUCUAACUGAUAGCUUGGGAAUAUUUAACAUGUCAGCACCUGAUUUCUCUGAAAUCAUCGUUGCUGAAGUCUGAGGAUAUUUUGCCAUAUUAUGUACCUCACACAUAGGGUGAAAUAGUUUUAUCAAGACCUGUUUGCAACACUUAUUCUUGGGAAGGCUGUCUUAAUUAGGAGAGACAUCACACACUUAACUCAUGGUCGUUAAUCUAAGCACUUCACUUGUUACCUGCUUUCCAAUCAUCUGUUAAAAACACAAUUUUUGUGGCAGGACACCACACAAAAUCUAGGCAGAACACGAAAGCUAUCAUUAGAAAAUGGACAUGAAAGUUACUUUUACUAGAAAUAUGAUUGGAUCUUGACAUUGAAGAAUUGAAACUUAUUUUUGGAUCUGACAUAUUUGUAUUCUGACUGAGAUUUUAGUUAGCAGAAACACUCCAUACACUGCCUGCACUGAAGGUAUUGAUUUGACCACAUUUGUUGAAAUUGAACGAAGUCGUAAGCAGUUUUAAAUAGGCAGUGAGAGGCGUUCGUGGCUGGAUGCCUCAAAAUUCCAAAUUAAUGGGAGUUGAAGCUUUACCAUUACAAUCAAAGCUGUGUAGCAACACUGAUAAUUAUGGAUUUAGAAUUACCGUCUCUUUAGUUCGUUUCUUAACGACACUCAUACACAUAUAAUUCAGUAUUGCAAUAGAUUAUCUAAACAAAUCAGUUCUUGUCUUUUGAUGUCAAUCGAUGGAUUAUAUAUGCUUGGCUUGUCAGUGCUCAGUAGUAUUGCACAAUCACGUACAGUAUAAAUGUCGCCUGCUUGUUAUGGUAUACAGGCCUCUUUAUUUGAAGUCAUAAUUACAGAAAGCUGUACACAUUAAAUAGCAUCCAUCUGACGCUAUACCAUUUGAAACAAGAAAAAUUCAACUCCGUCUUAGAUGCUGAGUGAUUACAUUAAGCUUCACAUGCUGCGCUAACCAAUUGUGUCUUACCAUGACAACACACUAAUACGAACUGUUCCACUGGCAACUGCGCAUUACGAACUGUAGCAUGCCUCCACCACACUGCCGGAGUUUCUUUACAGAUUACAUUUAAUUUGGCACAAGCCUAACCAGAGUUAGAAUACACUUCGCUGUGUACAGUCCCUUUGAAAGAUUCACUAAACAUUUCUACCAAUGACAAUUUUCGUUCGAAAAGUACUCAAGAAAUAAAGUUUGAAUUAAUAAAUAUGUUGUUGUAGUUGCGAUCUUCCUUCCGAAGACUGGUUUGAUACAGCUCUCUAUACUGCUCUAUCCUGUGUAAAUAUCUACAUCUCCUAAUCACUACUGCAACGUACAUCCCUCCGAAUCUGCUUACUGUAUUCAUCUCUUGAUCUCCCUCUACAAUUUUUACGUCACAGACUUCUCUCCAAUGUUAAACUGGUGAUCCAUUGAUGUUGCAGAAUGUAUACUAUCAGCCGAUCUAUUUUUUAGUGAAUUUAUUGUCUCCCCAAUUCUGUUCAGUGCCACCUCAUUAGUUACGUUAUCUACACACCUAAUCUUCAGCAUUCUACUGUAGUACCACAUUUCAAAACCUCUUAUUCUUUUUUUUAUAAACUUUUUAUCGUUCAUGUUUCAUUUUCAUACAGUGCUAAACUCCACACAAAUACCUUCAUAAAAGAUUUCCUAACACUAAAAUCUGUAUUCAGUGUUAACAAAUUUCUCUUCUUCAGAAGCGCUUUUCUUCUCAUUGCCAGCGUACAUUUUAUAUACUCUCUAUUUCAACCAUCAUCUCUUAUUUUGCUGCGCAAAUAGCAAAACUCAUCUACAACGUUGUCUUAUUUCCUAAUAUAAUUCCCUCAGCAUCACCUGAUUUAAUUCGACUACAUUCCAUUAUCCUUGUUUUGCUUGUGUUUGUAUUCAUCUUAUAUUCUCCUUAAUUUUUUGAAUUCUUGUUCCACUUGUGUAGGCAUUUUCUGGUUGUCUUUCUUAAUUUACCAAAGUACGUCACUUACAACAAAGCAGACAAACUGCAUACCAAUUCUUUUAUGGCUAACAUAAUGCAAAAGUUUCAAUUACAUCUUCUCAAUAGCAAAUUGCACUCACAACAUUCCUUUCAAAUACUCUUCAAAUUAUUCGCCUUCUCUGACAGCACUAUAAUGUCAUCAACGAAUCUCAAAGUCUUUAUUUCUUCUCCUUUAAUUCCUACUCCAAUUAUUUCUUUGCUUUCCUUUGCCACUUGCUCAAUUUACAGAUUGAAUAACAUCGUUGAUAGGCUUUAAUCCUGGCUCAUUCCAUUCUGAACCACUGCUUCCCUCCCCUGGUCCUCGACUGCCGUCAUGUUUAUGUAAAUAUUGUAAAUAACUUCACGUUCGCUGUAUUUUACCCCUGCAAGCUGCAGAAUAUCAUAGAGAGUAUUCCAGUCAACACUGUCAAAAGCUUCCUCUAAGACUACAAAUGACAUAAAUGUAGAUUUGCCUUACCUUAACCUGUCUUCUACGAGAAGUCGUAGCGUCAGUAUUGCGUCGCAUGUUCCUACAUUUCUCCUGAAUCCAGACUGAUCUUCCUCGAGGUCAGCUUCUACCAGUUUUUCCACUCUCCUGGAAAGAAUUAGUGUUAGUACCUUGCAACAAUGGCUUCGAUAAUUUUCGCACCAGUCAGCAGCUGCUAUCUGUAGAGUUGGAAGUAUAACUUUCGUCUUGAAGUCUGACGGUAUUUUGUCUGUCUCAUAUAUCUUGCUCACCAGGUGGAGUUUUGUCAUGGCUGGUUCUCCUAAGACUGUUGGUAGUUCUGACAGAAUGUCGGCUACUCGCGCGGCUUGAUGCCUCAAAAUGUGUCCUAUCGACCGAUCUAUUCUUUUAGUCAAGACUGUCUUUCGUCCGUAUUUCACUUCGUAUAUGGCGGCAAUCCAAACCUUCAGAAAAGACUUCCCUACAUUUAAGUCCGAAUUUGAAGUUAACAGAUUUCCCUCCUGAAACGCUUUUCUUCCAACUGCCAAUCUACAUUUCAUAUCUUCUCUAUUUCGUCUGUCAUCAGUUAUUUUGGUGCUAAAAUAGCAAAACUCAUCUACUACUUGCAGAGUCUCUUUUCCUGAUCUAAUUUCCUCAGCAUCAUGUGAUUUAAUUCGACUACAUUCCAUUAUCCUCGUUUCGCUUUCGUUGCUGUGCGUCUUCUCAAAGACACUGCCCAAUCCAUUCAACUGCUCCUCCAAGUCCAUUGCUGUGUCUGACAGAAUUACAACGUAUUCGAUAGACUCCACGGAUCUUAUUUCUUCUCGUUGAACUUUAAUUCCUAUUCCAAAUUUUUCUUUGAUUUCCUUCACUGCUUACUUAGUGAACAGAUCGAAUAACAUUGCGGGGGGGGGGGGGGGGGGGAGGGGGGGGGAGGCUACAAGCCUGUCUCACUCCUUUGUCAGCCACUGCCUCCCUUUCAUAUCCCUCGACUCUUACAACGCCACCUGGUUUCUGUACAAGUUGUAAAUACCUUUUCGCUUCCUGUUUUUUACCGGUGCUGCCUUCAGAAUUUGAAAGAGAGAAUUCCAGUGAACAUUCUCGAAAGCUUUCGAUAAGUUCCUUAACAUACCUGGUAAGAUAAGUCGCAGAGUCAGUUCUGCAUCACGUCUUCUACAUUUCUCCGAAAUCUAUACUGAUCUUCCCCAAGGUCCGCUUCUCCUAGUUUUUCCAUUCUUCUGUAAUGAAUUCGUGUUAGUAUUGUGAAACCACAACACAAACUAGAGUACUACGUUAAUUCAUUAGUAAAAUAUAUGGAACUGUGCUCAGCUGAUGAUUGUAGUCGUCUUGUUACGACAGAGGGUCAGUUAGAAUGUUUCAACAGCUUAAAUCGCCACAGAUUCCGUAACUGCACACAAAUUAUUUGUCAAAGACAUCCCUAACUGACAAUACGUUUUGUAUAGAUAAUGUUUUGAAGUAUAUGAAUUGCUAAGUAUUUCCACAGUGAGCCUCUAGUCACCUCAGCAGUAAGGGAAAACAAAUUCUAACAAAGAACUGUUCAUAGAAUUAGAUAAAAUCAUGGAGCAUUAAGAAUCGUCUUGCCUAAAGAAGUUUUUAAAACAUAAACGUGUAUCAGUUCGUAGUUCCUUUAAUAAUAUAAUUGACUCGUGUAAGAUGUACAAUUGGAUACUUCACAACUGUGGAAUUCUCUUUGUACUUAGAACUAGCGAUAAACCGUUAGUCCAUCAUAUUACUUGCUUCUUGCCUAACGUCCUGUAGUGUCGUGGCCUAGAAAACACGACAACUCUUUAAAUGUGAUUCGGUACCAAGCAGAAAGAAACUAUAUUUACAAAAUAAAAGCUUUGAAUGCCUUGAUAUUUAUUAUCAGUUUCUUAAGUUCGACAGGCUAUGCUCCAUCGUCAGACCAAAUUUGAUUACCCAAAGUUAGGCUUUUAAAUAAACCGGAAGCUCAGAGAGUAUUAUAACACACUUGUGAAAUGAAUACCUAAAGAUGAAACGAGAAACAUACCUGGCAUGUAUGAAAAGAUGCUGAAACCUGGUAAAAACACAUCAAGACUGACAAAGUGCUGGCAACCCAAUUAGCGAGUUAAUUAGUAUAGCUAUUGUAUAAUCAGUAUAUUAAUGAAGCGUAUCUGAAUUUGAGCGACAAACAUUGAAAUUAAAAAACAACUUUCACUUGCAUGUGUGUGUAUUCAUUGUCUUCCAGUCCAGUUAGAUUUAGAUUUUAUUGUUUACUUUAAGCGUGAAACUUGGAUGUAAUCAUAUGUCAACAUAAAUUUAUUUUCUACCAAUAAAUCAAAUAUUCCAAUGA